ACCAAGUCCUAAAUCCCAGACACAAUGAGCUACUAUUACGGCAACUACUAUGGUGGCCUUGGCUAUGGCCUUGGUGGCCUCGGUGGCCUGGGCUAUGGCUAUGGUUCCAACUAUGGCCUUGGUGGCUAUGGUGGCUAUGGUGGCUAUGGCUACUUCCGCCCCUCUUUCUAUGGAAGAUACUGGUCCUCUGGAUUUUACUGAAAGAGUGGCCAUCUGUGAAGAACUGUUUCCUCCAGAAUCCAUCACUAAAGUUGACUCUUCUCCCUCUUGUGGGAUGUGGGCAUGAAUAUUUGUAUUUUCAGGGUUGUUCUUAGA